AUGACUAUAAGUACAAAAAGACUCAGUGGUCAGGUUAGAGUAAUCCGAUCGAGAAAAUUUCUCACUGCAGUGGAAAUGGAUAAUAUAAAAGCAAUCGUAUCAGCACGACUAGGGAUAAUAGCUGCUGAGAAUGAAGAGCUACCGACUGAUGCUAUAGAACUCAUAGAAAGAUCGUUGGCGAUAGAGGCUGUGUCUUCAGAAGAAGACAAAGAGGUACAAAAACUGAUACUGUCACUGUUAUCCCAGCAUAUGCUUUAUGAAGGAAUACCACAUGAUGUUAGACCCACCCUAUCAAGGAUUCCUUAA